CGGCGGCCUGUUAAUACCGUUUUGUACAUAUUCCAAAACAGGAAAAUGUUACCUGAUGCAGCUAAAGGCGCACAAGGCAUUUUUUACGGAAAGCACAAUUUCAGUUUUCCAACUCACAUGAAUUACGGAAUUUACUUUAUUGAGAGGAUAUUAAAUUUUAAAGAUAAAAGAGCGCUGGUCAAUGGGACAACAGGCGAGGAAAUCACGUUUGGGCACAUUGUCCGCGAAGUCCUAAACGUCGCUGCGUCUCUCGUGGAGCUCGGUGUGAGAAAAGGCGACCUAGUCGCAGUGGUUAGUGAGAACAGAAGUGAAGUUCUGACUGCGAUCCUUGCAGCCAUGUGCGCAGGCGCGUCGGUCACUUUGAUCAACAGUGCUUAUACUGCAGGUGAAUUUAUACACACUGCUAGUAUAACUAAACCGAAAUUUAUGUUUUUAUCACCAACUGGGUAUAAAAAGCACCAUGAAACGCUGAAAAAGCUAACCUUCGUUAGCAAUAUUUUAUUAUUCGGUGAUUCUUCAUCGAAAGAAAUUAUAAGUUACAACGAUCUCGCUAAUAAGGAAGCUGAUUUUACAAAUUUCGUUGACUAUUACGGUCGUGUGGAAGUGGCCCUUGUACUAUACUCGUCGGGCACAACCGGGCUACCCAAGGGCGCUAAGGUAACCCAUGCGAACUUAAUCGCCGCUGCCCAACAGCACGAUUUUUGUCCAGACAAGUCAGCACUUACACUUGCACCGUUGUGCAACACUUUCGGCUUAACAACCACGUUGAAAGCAUUAGUAAAUGGCAAAAUGGUCAUACACCUUUCGAGAUUUAAACAGGAGCUGUUUCUCGAAACUAUUCAAAAAUAUAAGGCUGAGCUACAUUUUUUUUCUAGAUUACCUAAUCUACGUGUAUUACAAGGUUACGGAUCGACUGAAACAACUGGACCCAUUACAGAGGAAACAGUGGCUGACCAUAGACAAGGCAGUAUCGGAAAAGUUGUUCAAGGAAUCGUUAUUAAGGUGGUGGACAUUGAAUCCAGAAAAAUACUGGGCCCAGGUGAGCCGGGUGAAGUGUGCGUCAACGGCGUGGUACUCUUCGAUGGCUACAUUGGCAAGCCUAAAUCAGAUGUUUUCGAUGAUGAUGGCUUUUAUAGAACUGGCGAUAUUGCUUACUACGACCAAGAUGGAUAUUUUUUCAUAAUUGACAGGCUAAAGGAACUUAUCAAAUAUAAAGCAUGGCAGGUAUCUCCUGCAGAAAUAGAAGGAGUACUGCUAAAGCACCCAGCAGUGAAAGACGCCGGCGUGAUAGGCGCCCCUGACCCGCUCUCCGGAGAGCUACCGACUGCUUUUGUGGUCAAACAACAGGGGGCAGAAGUCACGGAAAAUGACAUUAUUGAAUUUGUGUCCUUAGAGGUAUCACCGUGGAAACUGUUGCGUGGGGGUGUGAGAUUCGUCAGCGAGAUACCAAAGACUGGGAGCGGUAAAAUACUUCGACGAAUAUUGCGUGAAAUGUUGAAAGCCAAGAGCAAGAUAUAAUUUCAAAUAAAUAGAGUUUCUUUUUUCUUAA